GGAGACCUGACACCUAGUGCUGUAAGCUGAUCCCUCCCCAGUCCCACCUACCCCCUCCUUAGCCCCCGGCAGUGCAGCUCAUUCUGUCAGAGGAUCCCAGUGCUGCUUUGUCCCCAUGUCCCCGAGGAGCCCUCCUUCCCCUGGGCACCAAGCUGCCCGCACUGCCCGCUCCUCUCUCUGCCCAGGAAUGUGCAGCGGAUCAAGUGCCUAUUGAUCCUUGGCAGCAACACCACCCAGCGCCUGUUGGUUCUGCAGAACUGCCGUGGCACCAAAUGCCUGCUGGUCUUGGGCACCGGAUAUUAACCCUUCGCCUACUAAUCCUGGGGAGUGGGACGUUAUCAGGUACCCACUGGUGAUGCUGGGAAUGGUAUUAUCCAAGGAACUGUAAUGGUAUCCGGCCCAUACUGGUACUGAAUAGGAAUUCUAUCUGGAACCUGCGCCUUCUGGGACCAGAACAUUAUCCUGAUACUGGAACAUCUCAUAGUACUUCCCAAUACUGGGAACUGGCGCUCUCCAUGUGGGUUCUGGGAAUUGUUCCACUGACCAGCAACUUGCCCAUACUGGGAAACUGGAAAUUCAUCUAAAACCUUCAGAAUUAUCUACUGAGUCUUUAGAUUGGCAUCUUACCCUGCCGGUCCCUGGCCUGUACCGUAACUGCCUCCAACGUUCCCCAUCAGCCAUAGAUGGUAUGAAGGUGCCAAUAGAUCUCCUCUGUGCCCACAGACUGGCAGAUUCCCGGCAGAUCCGCUUCCCACAGACUGAAGAAACUGGAAACCAAGAUCGUUUCUCGCCCUUUCAUCAAGGGAAUGACAGGGGGACCUAUUGAGGCUUGAGCCGAAGACCCAAUAACCAUUGCGCCACCGUGGGAAAGUUCUGGAAUGGAGAGCAUUUUCUUCUUCGUGAAUGAUCCAGAACCACAGAACCUAUCAUUUGGAUCCGUUCUGUUGUUACCCUGUGUGUGGGUACCUUCACAGUGUAGCAUCGUGCCCAGCUGGGGUCAAACUGGACGGACCCUUCAGAAAUGAAGCUGCUCGGGGUUAAUGUGAUGCUACUGUUCCUGACUUCCCAGGCCCUGCAGUGUCUGUGUGUUCAAGAGCUGCACAUCAACGCAGAGACCGCCAACAAGAUCUCAGCAGCAGCGAAACGGAUGCAGUGCUCCUCCCCAUUGGACAUUCUCAUCCUAUUGGACGGCUCCAACAGCAUUGGGCGGGGCAGUUUUGAGAGGUCCAAGCAUUUUGCCUCCAAGCUGUGUGAUGCCCUGGAUAUUGGCUCCGAUCUGGUACGAGUGGGGGCCAUGCAGUACAGUGGGACGCCGCAGGUCGAAUUCCACCUCGAUUCCUCCUUCUCCAAAGCUGCCAUUAAAGAGAAGAUCAAGUCCAUUGUGUUUAAGGGGGGCCCCACAGAAACCGGUCUGGCUCUGAAGUACAUCGUGUGGAAAGGCUUCCCGGGGGCCCGACCCCCCCCAGUGCCCAAGAUCCUCAUCAUUGUGUCCGACGGGAAGUCCCAGGGGAACAUAAAGCUUCCGGCCGCCCAGAUAAAGGGAGAGGACAUUGAGGUUUUCACUGUUGGGGUGAAGUUCCCCAGGUGGGAGGAGCUUCAUGCACUGAGCAGUGAGCCAAUGGAAUCGCACGUUCUGUUUGCUGAACACGUGGACGACGCAGUUAACGGCCUGGCCACCUCCCUGGCCAACUCCUCUGUGUGCAGCUCUACCCCCCCUGGCUGCAGCGUCCAGUCGUAUCCGUGUACCCGCAAAACCCUGGAAACGGUCAAAGAGCUGACGGGGAACUAUCUGUGCUGGAAGGGCUCUGCCAGGCCGGGCACUGUGUUUCCUGGGCACUGCCCCUUCUACAGUUGGAGACGUUUCUAUAACAAACACCAUUCCCAGUGUCACCGGACUGUCUGCCCAGAUCCCUGUGACUCGCAGCCGUGCAAGAACGGGGGGACGUGUGUAGCCGAGGGGCAGAAUAAGUACCACUGCGUCUGCCCGGCAGGAUUUGGGGGAGACACAGAGUGCGCCCCUCAGCUCAGCCUGGAGUGCAACAUCGACCUUCUUUUCCUCGUGGACAGUUCCGACGCGACGUCCCUGGAGGGUUUUAUGCUCCACAAAUCUUUCCUGAAACAAUUCCUCCAGGCGUCGCUGUCGGACGAGUCCCCGGUGAACGUCGGGGUGGCGCAGUACAGCAACGAGGUGCAAAUGGUGGUGAAGAUUGGCGAAUACCAGAGCACGGCGGAGCUCCUGAAACACGUGGAUAACAUGCGGUUUAUGGGCGGCGGCCUGUUCACGGGCAAAGCUCUGCGCUACGUCACUCAGUACGGCUUUAAGAGCUCCCCGGUUUUCUCCGACAUCCGCGAUGAUCUCCCGCGCCUCGUGGUGCUUCUCUCCGGCUCCAAGUCCCAGGACUCAGUGGCCGGGCCGGCAACCUACACACGGGAUCAGGAGGUCUUCCUUAUAGGCGUGGCCGGCGAUUCCAACAAAGGCGAAAUGGCGGAAAUAAUUGGGAACCCCCUGCAACUGAUCACGUACUCGAACCCCCAGCAGCUCUUCAACCAACUGCCCCAGCUUCAGAAGAGGAUCUGCAGUAUCGACGUGCAAGGCUGCCAGGCCCAACCGUUGGAUCUCGCCUUCGUGUUGGACGCCUCCGCUGCCGUCGGGCAGGAGAAAUUCAAUCGGCUGAAGAACUUUGUCACCAUGGUCUCCCUUCAGUUCGAUAUUAACCGGGACGUCACCCAGAUUGGCCUGGUCACCUACAGCAGCCGCCCCCAGACGGUCUUCGGCCUCGACACCCACGACUCGGGCUCCGGCCUCCUGCAAGGGAUUGGCCGCGCCUCCUACAUCGGUGGCUCCGCCUCCAUCGGGAACGCCCUGCUCCAUGUGUACAAUGAGGUGAUGACUGUGCAGAAGGGGGCGCGGCCGGGGGUCAACAAGGCUGUAGUCGUCAUCAGCGAUGGGAGAGGGGCGGAAGACGCGGCCGUCCCUGCCCAGAAACUGCGGGAUAACGGCAUCAUGGUGUAUGUGAUUGGCAUUGGGAGCAUCCUGAGGAGCGCCUUGCUGCGAUUGGCUGGGACCGAAAAGUUCCUGAUCACCGUCCCGUCCUAUGAGUCUCUGGGGCACUAUGAGGAUUCUGUGGUACAGAGAGUGUGUGAAGAUGCCAAAUCCCCGGUGAAUCUGUGCAAACCCAACCCGUGCAUGAACGACGGCGUCUGUAUCCUGCGCCAAGGCAGCUACCGGUGCGAGUGUCGCGGCUGGGACGGGCCCCACUGUGAGACCAGGAUACUCCGAGGGGAUUCCCAUUGGCCGCAGGGGCUGCGCAGCCGGAGUCGCCAACAGAGACACUCGCGGAAACGGAGGCUGAAAACCGCAUCGGGCAGCAAAUCUUCCCGCAAGAACCCGUAGGGUCGCUGGGAGUCGGAACUUGUGCCAGGGCCUACGGCAGGUUUUCUACAUGUUGUGUAUUUAUUGCUGUUUAUCGGUUUGGCCAAUUUGCCCAUUUCCAUGCCCCCCCGGGUCUCAUCAGGGAGACUGGGGGGGGUCACAAUGUGACACGGAAAGAAACGACCAACUGCCGUUGGUGUGAAAGAUCUGCCCCUGCCCCAGAGAUCCUUCCGCUGCCAGUUGGGUGCUGGGAGUUAAAGCAUAACUGGGGGGGGGGGGGGGAGCGACACACCUAGAAACCACACAAGCCCCACCCACUUUGUGGUAAGCCCAACCCCCUUUGCGGGGCCAGGACUGGCCACUCCCCCAUCACAAACUUUUCUCACAUUCCUGGUAGAACCCCCUGUUGCCACUGCUGGGGUGAAUGGAAUUGGCUCAAACCCCGCCCCCAAUAUACGUGUAAUUUCCCCCCCAUUGGCUGUAUGCAGCAUAUACAUAUAUAUAUCUUAUAUAUUAACCCCCGCUUUGCUAUAGGUUCCCCCCGCCGAGUCUCAAAACACCUAUUUAUAUCAUUUGUAUAUUUGUUCAUAUUGUUUGUAAAGUAUUAACUCCGCCCAGUGAUUGGGGGGGCAAAUCCCCGUGCCCCGUGGGGCAGUUGCCUCUCCUCCUGGGAUGUCGGUGACACUGUGUGACCAACUCAGGGCAAUAAAGGACACGGGUUUUAUAACCUC